GGGCUCCGAAUAAAAAGAUGGCGAUAGCUCAUAUAAAACCAGACAAAUAAGAUUUUCUUGUGUGUGUACAUAAAAUGGUGGUCUGUCAAACAAACAGUACGUAUAUUAUCCAGGGCGGGGAGAUUCUCGUUCGGAACAGUCUUCUUUUCCGUGAUUUGAAAACCAAUAAAUAAAUUUGUUUUAAUUUUAUGAGUGUAUUUUUUUCGUUUUCCACCGUGUCUCGUUUAAUACCGAGUGUUUCAUUAUAUUGUGGUCACUAAAAAAUAAAUAAAUCGAGGACUGCAGUUUCAAGAAUAAAUGAAACAAAAUGCUGACGGGACGAAUGAGACGGGUUGUUCGUCGAAAAAAAGAAAAACUAACAAACAAAUGAAACCCACCCUGCCGACAAAUUACAAUAGGCCUCGUAAAACUAACAUGAAGCCAGUGCUGGUAAACCAAAAAAAGAAAGAAACAAAAAUAAAUAUCGAAUCAUCGACGCGAGAUACAAUAGCAGAAACUAUUGCUUUUGUAAUCAAAGGUCAACUUACACCUAUCAAACCCAUUUCCUUGCCUUCAAACAAACCAGCCAAAGCUAUCAACAAAAGAUUACAAAUAACACGAUGUAAAAGUAAGCAAAAUGAAAGUAAAAAUGAAAAAAACAGUCUAGGAAAACUAUCUGCGAAGGGUAAUCCCAAAGCAGUCCCAACAAAACGUACUACUGCAAUUAAAACUGACCACCCAAUUCUGCAAAAGAGUAAAAUACCACCAAAAACAAUAACCAUUGAAGAGCUAGAUAAUUCCGUUAACAAAAUUUUAAGCAGAUAUACUAAAAAACUAAACGUAAAAGGAAACACAAGACCCAAUGAAAAUAAACCCAAUAAAAAAUUAACAAAAGUUUCUAAAAUAAUUAAACCCAAAAAUAAAAAACGGAAAACUUCUAUGACGUUGAUAGAAACUAAAAACCUUGUUAAACCCAGAAAAUAUGUAAGAAAGAAAAAAAUUAUUCAAAAUCCUAAUCAAGACAAAGAGACAAUAAAUGAUGUUUCACAAACAGAAAAAAAUAAUGAACCUGACAAACAAGAACUAAUGGAGAUUAAAAUAAAAGAAGAAAAAAUGGAUGUGGAUUAUUCCAGCGUCGGUAAUAUCAACAAAGAACAAGAAAACGCCAUCACUAACGAAAUUAAAAAUGAAAUUCUCGAAGAUGAUUCUAAGCAGAAAGAAGUAACCAAAGACUCAGAUAAACAAAAAAAUACAGUUGUUAAAAAUUCUAGGACAAAAAAAAUUAAUUUAAUAAAGAAAAAACCCACAGUAACCAAAAAACUUCAAAAUCGUUUAGAUGAUAAAAGACGAGCUAAAUUAAUACAGUUUUGGAACAGUCCCAAAAGACAUCGCGUGGCCUCUCUAAACGCUUUAGCAAAAGUUCACUGUCUUUAUGAAAAUGAAUCAAAAGCAGCUUUCGAAAAAAUGACCGAAAAUUCCUUAAUAAAAAAAGAAACAUCGUUAACAGAAAAUACUCAAAGAAAAAAUAUUACCACAAUAUUAGACAGCAGCGAUGAUGAUGGUAAUGAUGAUGAAACAGACGAUGAAUUGCCGGUAAAAAGGGUAUUACGUGAUGUUCCUGGACUACGUGGCGUAGGAAAACUCUGGGAUAUGCAUGAUUCUAUAAGCUCAGAUAACAGCGAUAUUGAAAUUCGAAGGUUUACUCCCAAGAAGACAGUUAGGGUAAAGAAGGAAGUAGCAAAAAAAAGCGCUGAAAAGCCCAUCAAUAAAACGGUCACAACUACUGUCAGGCGAAAACCUAAACCAGAAAUACCUAUGGAUCUAAAAGAUAUGGUAGUAAAGAAACGUAUGGCAAGUCUGAACGCUUCAGCGAUGCUUGCAGCUAGUUACUCAACAGAUAAAAAAGGAAAACCUAGCAAAUUCACAGACUCAUCUAGUGAUUAUGACACAGAUUCAUCAGCUGAAGAAUAUUUUGCAGCAAUACAGCAAAUCGAUUUAACCAAAGAUACCAAAGAAGAUAAUAUAAAACAAGAAGAUGGAAAUCUUAUCGAAGUCCAUACAACACCUAACAAGAAAGUGGCUGUUAUUCUAAAUCAAGACACUGAUGUUACUAUAACAGGAGUGUACGUUAAUAGUACAACUAGAUCUACACAUCACGAAGGCUACUGUAGCAUUGCUGGAAUGCAGUACAGGAUAUCAGCUACUAGUCAUACACAGACUGCUGCUACAGCUGUUGCAACUGAGACUUUGAUUCAAUCCAGCAACAGCUCAGAUAAUGCGCAUUUGGAUGCACAAUCGUGUUCAUCAAAGUCAUACACGCCAUUGGAUGCGCUAUCCAAUAUGCAACCACCUCCAGGUCCUGGCAUCCACAAUGCUCCACCAAGUCACGCUGGAAUGCCUUGUCAAAUCGGUUCACCGCAGCUUCGUCAACGAUCUUCGAGCGCAUUUUCUUCACCACAUCAUGGACAUCACGGAUUUCAUCCUGUUGUUCCUUCUUCUGGACAAGUGGGACUUUCUCCAUCUGGCGAUUCGCCUGUGGGAUUUGUUCAUGGAUACUAUCAACCAGCAGGACCACUAAUAUCAGUAUCUCACGGACAUGGUCAGCCGCCCACAGUACAACAACCGCCUCCGAUACCCAAAAGCGUGCCGCUUUCGGACGCAUCACCAACUUCGGUCAGUUCGACGCAACCGCCACCGGCACCUGGUUCGAAUAAUGGUGAUUCAUCGGAUAAUGAGGUAAUAAUUACUUCAGUAACAACAGGAACCAAGGAGCCACCAUCCGCACUAAGCCAUCAACCUCCAGCGUCGUACAGAUACCCGUCGUACUCGCAGUACCACACUUACCCUUGUCCUCCGCAGUAUCAUUACCAGACGCCUCCACCUCCUACUCCACCUUAUGCGCAUCACGACAUGUGCUAUCCGAGUCCACCUGGUGGAUACAUGCGGCAUACCAAGUAUGCACCGAGUGCCACUUAUCAUCGUUACCCUUACUAUCCGGGACAUGCUAGCGAACUGUAUCCAGUUACGAGUGCUCCACCUGUCCAACCUAGUCAACAGAUGGUUACUGCUUCGCCGGUAUCUGGAAGUGGAUCGUAUCCUUCAGUAUCAGGCGGUCCACCUGCUCCACCAGCCAUAAUGGAGUCGUAUCCACCACCGCCAGCGCCUCCUACUUUAGUGGACCCCUAUCAACCAGCUCCACAAUAUUACCACACUUCCGCAUAUGGUCUUCCACCUACAUGCUACUCGCAUUCUCCUACAAGAGCAAUUCCAUACAUAAAUACCACAUAUCAACAUUGUCCAUGUCCUUUAAAUUCGUGUCCAAAAAACGGACAUACUGGGCCUCUUACUGGUGAAAGUAAGAGGUCUAACAUUCAUAAAGACUCCAAGCCCUUACCUCCGGUGGCUCUAGCCUUACCACUAGAACCAGUUAGUGCGACAGGGCCGCCCAGCCCGGCCAGAGGUUCUGCUGGGAUGCCUUCUGGAGGCAUGCCGCCACCGCCUUCGCCUGCGGGGGCCAAUUAUCAACCUCCUGCAACUCCAAAACAAGAAUCUCGAUCACCGGAAGUGUGUCACAUUGAAAAACGUAAAGCCAGAGUGGGGAAGGCUAAUGUAAGAAACAAUAUGCAAAAUACUAUGUUGCUUAUGUGCAAUCCGGCGCAAGACUAUGUAAAAAGGGAAAUAGAAAGUCCUGAAGGUAAAGAACAAAUUAAUAAAAACCAGGAUGUUUUUAUUGAAGAUUUAGAUGUUGUGAAAGAAGACUCGAAAAUUCCAGAAGCUUGUACAGAAAAUACUUGCACAAAAGAUUCAUUAAAUAUUGAUUCAAAAACUACUCAAUGUCUUGAGGAAUUGGAACCGACACAAACAGAACUAAUGAACUGUGAACAAUUAACUGAACCUACAAUAAAUAAACCAGAUUUUGAAAAAUCUGUACCUCCAAUACUAAAAGAACCAGAAGAAGAACCUUUACCACCAUGCAUAGCUACAGUUGCAGAAAAUGUUAAAGUGAAAAAUAUGAAAAGGAAACAAUCCAUGUCAAAAGAAAAAGUAGCUGAAGAAAUAAUACCCCCACCAACAAAGAAAAAGAAAAUAACUUCUUACAAAGAUUUUAUCAGAAAACACACAAGCUGCUUUAAAAUAAGCAACGGCAAAAAGAAAUUAGUCAGUAAAGGGGCAAAAGCACAAUUAACGAAAGUCAAACAUAAGACUUCAACAAAAAAAACAAAAGAACAAACAAAUAACAGAAGGAUAAAGGCAGUUGGUAAAAAAACAGUAAUCCAAAAACCAUCACCGCAAAAGAAAACCAUUAACAAACCAAGCCCCGCUAAAAUAGCACCAAAAGUUCUAGACAACCUCAUAGCGAAAAAUCACAUAGACAAAGUAAUAGAGGACGUAAUACAAGGUUCAAAGAAAGGCGAAAUUGAGGAGAAAAUUAAGAAACCGGCACCGAAAACUUCCAAACCAAUCAAAAUCUUAAAUAAUAAUACAAAAACAGGCGCUAGUAGACGAAAGUCCACAACUACUUCUAAAUGCAAAAUUGAUAUACCUGAAGUACCAGUGAAAGUUACUAGGAAACCGACGGCAAGUGUGCCAAAAUGGUCCAAUGGUUGGAUGUGGGAAGGUGAACCAUAUGAAGGAAAAGUUUUUAUAAAUAGUGAUGAAACUACAUUAGUAAGAAAAUGCUACCCCUCGAUGAGGCAUAGAGAAGGUGACCUUAUCAGACCAGGGGAUUGUGUUUUACUUAAGGCAGGACCAAGGAAAAACGACCUUCCUUAUGUAGCCAAAAUCGCUGCGCUAUGGGAAAAUUCAGAAGAUGGCGAAAUGAUGAUGUCUCUCUUGUGGUAUUACAGACCGGAACAUACCGAGCAAGGUCGGCUAAUGACAGACCAACCGGAUGAAGUUUUUGCUUCCAGACAUAAGGAUUCCAAUUCGGUAGCGUGCAUAGAUGACAAGUGCUAUGUGGUUACUUAUAAUGAAUAUUGCAGAUACAAAAAACAUUUCAAACGAAUACAAGAGGGUGUAGAAGAACGGCCAAGAUGUGUGCCGCUUCCAGAUCCGUAUCCCAGAAUACGGAAACAGCCGCCUUCCAGCAGUCUAUCUACGGACAUAGUAUUUUUCUGCCGGAAAGUUUACGACUUUAGGCAGAAGAGGAUUGUCAAAAAUCCAACCUAGGAAAAAAAUAACAGGUUGUUUUGGAUUUAGAUGCCUAUACAUAUUGUCCGUCGUUUUUAAUCUGACACUUUUCGUAUGAGGGGCGAGGGGGUGAAGCUUAUGGUGUGACGUCAGGUGACCAUUGGCGUUUUAUUGAAGGGAGCCAUUUUUUUGGCGUAUCAGAUAAAAAUCGACAGACUUUACCUAAAAAACGUUGCUUAAUGUUAAUUAAAUGUUUUAAGCUAUUCAUACAUCACCACCAAUCGACGUGGUUUUUAUUAUUCUAUUUAUACUCAAUUUUUGCAGGAUGCUGUAACAAAUCAUGACUGCCAAAGAAAAUUUUCAAUUUUUCAAAAAUAAUAAUUUAAAAACAAAAUAAAAUCAAAAGGAUUUCAGUAAGAAUAUACACACGCCAGCAAAAUUAGGGAAACGGGACAAAAUGUACACUAAAUAAGCUCGAUUUCAAUGAAUUUUUCACAGAAUGUAGCUUGAUUUUUCAGGAAUACAUCUGACGUAUUACCGUUAUUGAAUGAUUCGUUUUUAUAUGCAGGGAUGGAAAGAAAGUCAAUAAUUUUCAGAGUUUUCUGAGACACCUUGUGGAGUGAAUCACUGGAAAUUCAGAACAGUUUUCAACACCACAUUGUAGCUUGAUCUUUUCUGAACAUUUUCAUUUUUAUUCUCUCUGAUAUUCUCAAUAUUAUUGAAAAUACAGAGUUUCUAAGAAAAGGUGGAUAUUGACCUUAAUUUUCUCCACGUCGACAUAUGAUUUGGAUAUGAAAAUGUGUCGUUUUCCAACUUCAAGUCAGGACUAUCUGAUCCCCUGGUAUAUUUGUGAGCAUUCUUUCUACAAUAAAUUGAUCGGUAAGAGGUAAAACUGCGAGCAAUAUUUAACAUGAAGUAAACAUUUACACACACAACUUGAAAUUGCAAACGGCACAUUUUCAUAUCCAGUUCGUAUGUCGACGUGGAGAAAAUUAGGGUCAUUAUCCACCUUUUCUUCAAAACUCUGUAUUUUCAAUAAUAUUGAAAAAAUCAGAAUGAAUAAAAAAUGAAAAUGUUCGGAAAAGAUCAGGCUACAAUUUGGUGUUGAGAACUGUUCUGAAUUUCCAGUGGUUCACUCCACAGGGUGUCUCAAAAAACUCUGGAAAUUACUGACUUUCUUUCCAUUCCUGUAUACGAUAUAAAAACGAAUCAUUUAAUAACCAGUGGCGGCUCGUCAGAGGAGGCAGGGGAGGCUAAGCUUCCCCAAAAAAAUUCAAUCUGUCUUUUAUUCCUGAUUCCUAAUAAAAAUAAUAAUUCACAAAUUACAUUUUCCAAAUUUCGAUAUUUCAAUGUAAUUUGGAUAAAUCUGACCGGCACUUCAAGGGCCGGAGUUAUAUGCGAGCCCGAAGGGCCGGAGUAAUACGAGCCCGAAGGGCUGGAGUUAUAUGAGAACCCGAAGGGCUGGAGUUAUACGAGAGCCCGAAGGGCUAAAGUUAUUUUAAUCACGGGGCCCAGUCUAUAAUUCUAUUGGUCAGCGGAUAAUUUGGAGCCAAUCAAAAAUCGGGAAUAUUCAAAAUGUGAUUUUUAGUCGAUAUUCCGAGUUUCAGUUCUCUCCGAUGUACCGGAAAAAAGUUAGCUUCCCCAACUUUCUUGAUUUUGAAUUUUUUUUUCCGAAGUUAAAAAAAAAAAUUGGAUAAAGGAGCAAAAAAAACGUUGAAAAGCUUAUGGGACCCUGCUUGCUAUGACGCAUUUUAAGGCCGAGAAAAAAUUAAAAAAGGAUAUUUCGAUUUUGGCCAGAUAAAAAUUUCAGCGAUGUGACACGACGUUACUUUUUCGCUUAUAGCUCCGCUAUUUCUCAAUCGAUCGUUUCGAGUCAUAUCUCUUUUGAAAGAGAAUGAAAUUACCUAUAAAAUCUUUUUUUAUUGAGAUUCUAGGCCGUAUUUGUCUUUGAGAUAUUAGCUGUCAGAGUUGAAAUUCUUUGUAAUUUUGUUAAAAUUUUCCAGGUCGAUUUUUUCGAAAACGGUAUCCCGUGGCGGAAUACUUCUUAUAGGCUUUUUUGUAGUAUUUAACGAGAUCUAUAAGUUUUGUAUUUGAAGUUAUUCUCCCGAGCUUUUCGUUUCCGAGUUAGGACGCUUUGAAAAUUAAAAAAAAUAAAUCGGAGGCUACCCCCUUUGAAUUUUUUGUCGAAAAAAUUCAAAUUUUGAAUUUCAAAAAAAAAAUUCUAUCGGAUAGAUUAGCAAAAAAUACAACGAAAAGUUAAUUUGAUCCUCCUCGCUACGGCAUCAGAGUAAAUAAAAAAUGAAAAUGAUCGGAGAAGUUCAGGCUACAAUUUGGUGUUGAAAACUGUUCUGAAUUUUCAGUGGUUCACUCCACAUAGUAUCCCAAAAAACUCUGAAAAUUACUUACUUUCUUUCCAUCCCUGUAUAUGAUAUAAAGACAAAUCAUUUAAUAACGGUAAUACGUCAUAUGUUUUCCUGAAGAAUCAAGCUACAAUCUGUGAAAAAUUCAUCAAAAUCAAGCGAACUGUGUGUAUAAAAUUGCUUCUUUAGAUUUGAAAUGAUAAAUUUAUCUUUCUUCGUUACAGCUCUCUCUCUCUCAAAGUAGCAACAUUCUCUUUAAGUUUUACAGAUGAUAAAUUUGUUAAAAUAAUAAGUAAACUAAAAAAAAAAAAAAAAGAAAUGACUAGGGACCUUACUUGUGUAUAGAAAAAAAAAACAAUAUAAUAUAUUUAACAUAAUAAUAUAAUGUAUAGAAAAAAAUGUUAGAGUUGAUAAUAUAUAUUUAAUUAUUUAAAAACAAAAAAAAAAAAGAUACAUAUUUAUGAUAGUGGUUUUAGAAACGCUGGUAUAAAUGGUGUGUGCUUUUAUAGUUUGUAGAUUGUGUUUUCCAUAAGUGUUUUGUCUUAAUAAGAUAAAUAAAAAAAAAAACAAACCAUGUAAUUGUAAAAGCAAAGUCAAUUUGGCAUCAGAUAAAAAAUAUCAUUUACGUGGCGUUUGAGGAUUUUAUACCUAUACACAUGACAUAAUCAAAAAAAAAAAAAAAAAUACCAUAUAAAGUGUAUGGUGAUGAGUAUUACAACAUAUUUUCUCUUGUUCUUUGAGUUUUGUAACAUAUUUUUAACAUUUUAAAAGAAGCAAAAAGAUACCCCUGCUUUCUUGAAAUUAUUAGGAGUUUGUUUUAUAUCCUGUUUUUAAUAAAUUUUAUUCAAAAUUACAGAGACUCUAUUUGAAGGGAAGAAAAGGAGUGAUUAUGAAAAUUUAAUUUGCACUAGGCCCUAACAAUAAUUCUGUUUUACACUUAUGAAAUAUCAAUUUUUCUGUAAUCUUGCGGUAAGAGUCAGUAGAUUUAAAAAAAUUCUAAACACUUUCUAUACUUAAUUUAUUUUAAUUUUUGAAUUGGGUUUUUUUCAGUUCCUACUUCCUGCAAUAGAUCUUUCUUGUGGUAAUUUUCAGGUUUGAAAAUCUAAAUAAUAAAUUGAAACUCCUAUACAAUUGCCAUUUAAUUUUAUGUAUUAUUUUUAUUUUUAUUAGAGCAAAAGAGAAUAUGAACACCUUUUACAUAGUAUAUUUUUAUGUAUUUUGCUAUAUAAUAUUUGGAAAACAAUAACAUGUUUGCAAAAAUGAUUUGUUUUCCGUUUUUCCUCAGUUUUCAGUUUUAUUAUUCGUUUAUUUAUUAACAGUAUUAUUCCUGAUUCAGCAAUUUUUUCAAAUGUAUCAUUUUUGCGAAAUUAUUGUGUACAAAGUAAUAAAAAGUAAAUGUCUCGUACAUAGUACAUAAUCUAUUUACUUUUGGCAUAUAGUGUAAUGCAUUUAAAACAGUGUUUUAUGUAUAACAUGAAAUGGGGGAAAUUUUCAUAGUCAAAAGAAAAGUGAUUUUUUAAUUUAUUUUGUUUUAUUGUACCUCACACUACAAGACUAAAAACACCAACAACAAAGUACCCCUACAAAAACUUUUGUUUAAUUUUAAUAUUUUUAGUUAUUAUUCCUUAUUGUUUUUGUUUUGAAUUUAGUUUUAAGAAAUUGAAUAUUAUUAUCCUUAAUUUAUACAUAAAAAAAAGUAAUAUAUUCCUCCCGCUCUCGGAGCAUUAAAUGUUAAUUUUAAAUUGUAGCCAAAGUUAACGUUAUUUUUUAUUAAUUUAUUAUGUUAAAAAAUCAACUGGUAGUAGUUUUGCAAACUUGGGUUGA